UUUAUGUAUUGAACAUUCGUACUAUGUAGUUCGUUUAUUUUCGUACGACAUAUUUUACAGUCAACUAAUGACAUAAGUUAAUUAAAAUUAAGGAUUAACAAGGUUUUACGUCAUAAGCCAUAAAUCUCGAAAUCGGUUACUUAUUGUCUAUGUCAUAUUUUGAUUAUUUAUUAUUUACUCAAUGAUUAAUUACUCAUAAAUUUAUAAUUAUUUACCUUAUCAAGUAUUAUCACAACUCACAAGGUAACGUACUAACGUUCCUCUCAUAGAUUAAAAGCAAAAAAAAAAAUAUGUUAUUCUCAUAAACAUAUAUAAUUUGUUAUAUGUGUAUUAUAUUGUUUAUAUAAUAUGUCUAUGGUUAUUCUUACUAUGCACUCGAAUCUCAAAUUAUUCACAGUCAUUUGCGUUAUUUUUACAAUUUGUUGUCUUUUAAGAUAGUUAACAUUUCAAAAAAAAAUUGUUUUUGAUUACAAUUUAUAAAUCAAACAUGAGUCAUAAUAAAACUAGUUUAGACAAUUUUAAAGAAAAACCAGAAAAAAGGAUUCAACAAUUGUUGAUGUUAAGUUCAAAAAUCGAGUUGAACACAAGUAUACCAGCUAGAAAAUAUUACCGAUCUGGGCGAGAGAUGAUCAGUAUGGCUGAUGUGUAUACUAAAGAAAACAAUUUGGAACAAGCGUAUAUUCUUUACAUGAGAUUUAUGACAUUAUUUUUGGAAACAAUUAAUGAACAUCCAGAUUACAAAAAUGUAUCAAUUGAAGAACGUAAUUUAAAUUAUCGGGCACUUCGCGAUGUCCUUCCAAAAACAGAAAAUAUAAAAGCUAAAUUAUUAGAAAAAUAUAGUACAGAAUAUGAGUUGUUUCAAGAACAAAAAGCAUUAGGAGAAUUUAAAGAAAAACAUGAACAAAAAGUAUUAAAUAUAGAAAAGAAUAAUACACCAUCUAGUAAAAAUGUCACUCAAGAACAUUUAAACUCAAUUUUAGAUAAUGCCACCGUACCUGAAUUAAAUAAUCCUACAUCAUUUGAAUUAAGACAACCAGAUCACAAUUUAAUCAAUUUUACAGAAUUGAGUGACAAUAAUUUACCUUCAAAUAUGCCUACAUAUUCAAAUUCAAAAAUACAAUUCAAUCAACAUAAGCCUAUUGUUGAUAGAAGUACCAAACCAAUGUUGAACAAGAACACUUCGAAUCCAUAUAAUCUUCGCCAAAUAAUAGUCCCGGGUAAUUUAACUAGAAGAUUCCUUGAACAAGCACAACGUAAUACAUCCAAUAACUUGGAGACUUGUGGUAUAUUAGCAGGAAAAUUGAGUUCUAACUGUUUAAUCGUGACCCAUUUGAUGAUUCCAAAACAAAGUGGUACAUCAGAUUCAUGUACUACAAUGAAUGAAGAAGAUAUCUUUGAAUAUCAAGAUAAACAAGAUCUCAUCACCUUAGGAUGGAUACAUACUCAUCCAUCACAAACCUCAUUUAUGUCAAGUGUAGACUUACAUACGCAUUAUUCAUAUCAAUUAAUGAUGCCAGAAGCUAUUGCAAUUGUUUGUGCACCUAAAUAUAAUGAAUCAAAUUUCUUCUUUUUGACGCCUUAUCAUGGCUUACAAGUUAUAGCUGAUUGCAAAUUUUUCAGUGGUUUCCACACACAUAACACAGAGGGUGAUAUUUAUGCCAUUGCUGAACAUUAUGUAUUGGAUGACAACCUGCUGGUCAAUGUAGUUGAUUUUAGAUAGUAAAUAUAUUACAAUAUUUUAAACUUUUGUUUAAAUAUUAACAGUGAAAAAUGAAAGUCAUUAUCUAAACUACAUUUUACUGACAAAUUUCCCAAGAUUCUCAAAAAAAUAAAAAAAUAGUCAAAAAGUUUUAUCGUGAGUUAAAAUAAAAAUGGGUUGUUUCUCCAAAUUUAUUUUGUGACUUCAGGUUCAUCUAUAUAUCAACUCUUGACUUUACACUAAUUUCCUUUGUUUUCUUUUUUUAUUUCCUCGUAUAUUCUAAAUAUUCAACAUUUAUUACUGUUUUCUAUUUUUCUGAUUACUAAAAAUCCAAUGCUAAUUAUAGUUUUUAAACCAUUUCAAUAUUUUUUAACACCCUCAUAAAUCAAAAAAGUCAACCAAGUUUUUACUAAGUUUCUGCCUAGAAAAAAUGUGUUAGCUGAAUCAGUUUAAAAUUUGUGACAUACUAAACUCUUACUACUAAAAUCUUUUCCCUUAUACAUAUUGUGAAUAAAAUACUGGUAUUUAAUAUGUGCUGUUAUUGAUAAAAAAAAUUCAUAAAAAUUCUUAAUGCUCAACAAUGCAUAUACCUAAUAUAUUCGUCAUAGUGGUCAUACCUUUAUAAGUUAAUUACUAGUAUAUCAUAGGCGUGACUACAGUUCAUCUGCAGCGGCAGC